UGGAGGAGAUUCCCCUUUGGUGCCCGCGCGCGACCAAGGGGAUUCCUCGUUUGGAACGUUCCCGGGCAGGUUGGGGACGGGAGGGGGACUUCUGCCGAGGGGGUUCCCGUGCCGGCUGCAUUCUGCUUCGGUCUUCUCUCCCUUGGACAGGUGGGUGGAGGAAGCGAGCCAGCGCAGCACAGAGGCACCUUGAAAGUGUUGACGAGCAAGACUGGAGGAAAUGAAAGGACAGUUAAGGUAACUGGGUUGCUUUGCCAUUGGCAACGGUAGAACCGGCACAUCUUUGCAAAGUGAUUCAAGGAUUAAAGAGAUCAAGCUUACAGGCAAUCCAAUGGCUGACCAAAGGAUGGACAUUUCCUCUACCAUCAGUGAUUUUAUGUCACCUGGUCCCACUGAUUUGAUUUCUAGUUCUCUUAGCUCUUCAGGAAUGGAUUGUAACAGGAAGAGGAAAGGAAGUUCUACCGAUUACCAGCUCGAUGGGUUUUCUUUUGACGAAAGCAUGGAUACAGAUAAGGAUGAUCAACAUGGAAGGUUGGAAUAUACAGACCAACAGGGCAGAAUAAAAAAUGCAAGAGAGGCUCACAGUCAGAUUGAAAAACGGCGGCGUGACAAGAUGAACAGCUUUAUUGAUGAAUUGGCUUCUUUAGUGCCAACAUGCAACGCUAUGUCCAGAAAGCUAGAUAAACUUACUGUUCUGAGAAUGGCGGUUCAGCACAUGAAGACUUUACGAGGUGCUACAAAUCCAUACACUGAGGCAAACUACAAACCCACUUUUCUCUCAGACGAUGAAUUAAAGCAUCUGAUUCUUAGGGCAGCAGAUGGCUUUCUCUUCGUUGUUGGUUGUGACAGAGGGAAGAUACUCUUUGUUUCAGAAUCAGUCUUCAAAAUCCUCAAUUAUAGUCAGAAUGAUCUGAUUGGCCAAAGCCUGUUUGAUUACCUGCAUCCUAAAGAUAUUGCCAAAGUUAAGGAACAACUCUCUUCUUCAGAUACUGCCCCAAGGGAAAGGCUCAUAGAUGCAAAAACUGGACUUCCAGUCAAAACAGAUAUUACACCUGGGCCAUCACGACUGUGUUCUGGAGCAAGACGGUCAUUCUUUUGUAGGAUGAAAUGCAACAGACCUUCAGUGAAAGUAGAAGACAAAGACUUUCCUUCCACCUGUUCUAAAAAGAAAGCAGAUCGCAAAAGCUUUUGCACCAUCCACAGCACAGGAUAUUUAAAAAGCUGGCCACCAACAAAAAUGGGACUAGAUGAAGACAACGAGCCUGAUAAUGAAGGCUGUAACUUAAGUUGCCUUGUUGCAAUUGGACGUUUGCAUCCUCACGUAGUUCCUCAACCAUUAAAUGGAGAAAUCAGGGUUAAGCCAACAGAAUAUGUUUCUCGGCAUGCAAUUGAUGGCAAAUUUGUAUUCGUAGAUCAGAGGGCAACUGCAAUUUUGGCAUAUUUACCACAGGAGCUUCUAGGCACAUCAUGUUAUGAAUAUUUUCAUCAAGAUGAUAUAGGACAUCUAGCAGAAUGUCAUCGACAAGUUUUACAGUCAAGAGAGAAAAUCAGUACUAAUUGUUACAAGUUUAAAGUCAAAGAUGGAUCUUUUCUUACACUGAGGAGUUGUUGGUUCAGUUUCAUGAACCCUUGGACCAAAGAAGUAGAAUAUAUUGUCUCAACAAACACAGUGGUUUCUGCUAAUACGCUUGAUGGUGGAGAUACAUCUUUUCCACAACUAGCAGCUUCACCUCACAGCAUGGAUAGUGUACUUCAAGCAGGAGAAGGUGGUCCAAAAAGGGCCCUUCCCACAGUUCCUGGUAUUCCAGGUGGAACGAGAGCCGGUGCUGGUAAAAUUGGCAGGAUGAUUGCUGAAGAAAUAAUGGAGAUCCAUAGGAUACGAGGAUCUUCCCCUUCAAGUUGUGGCUCUAGCCCAUUGAACAUGACCAGCACGCCUCCCCCUGAUACUUCAUCACCAGGAGGGAAAAAGGUUUUGAAUGGUGGAACACAAGACAUUCCUCCUGUCAGUAUAUUGCCUGGCCAGAUACAAGACAAUCCAGUCUAUCCAUAUUCUGACAACAACUCCAUUCUUGGGGAAAACCCCCAUAUAGGCAUUGAUAUGAUAAACAAUGACCAAGGAUCCAGCAGCCCCAGCAAUGAUGAGGCAGCGAUGGCAGUCAUCAUGAGCCUUUUGGAAGCAGAUGCAGGGCUUGGUGGCCCAGUUGAUUUUAGUGACUUACCAUGGCCCUUAUAGAUGCUGCCCAUAAGCUUUGACAACAGAAUAUAUCAAAGUGCAUUAUUGGUGGAGUUCUCCAAUCUGUGAAGCUUGCUGAAUUGCUUUGGUGUUUUAAUUUGAUAAGCCAUAUCAGAGAACAGUCAUACUUCUCCCGUGUGUACUUUUUGACCAAGUGGAGAUGAAUUUGCAAUGGUGUUCCUAUCAUUUUUGUUAGCUGUGUAUAGCUUGCAUUAAUUGUAUAUUUUGGGUAUUGUUUUUGUGUUGACUUUUUUUAAAAAAAAAUCACUGUGCAAAUUAAGCACUAGCAUCACUGGUAGCUUUUAUAUGCAAAUGUCAUUUCAGCUAUUUGGUGUUUUUACACUACAGAGAAAAUCCCUAUGUGGAUAAGGAAUAUUUCUUAUACUAAUAUAUCAAAGCUGUUUCUUGUAAGAUCCUUUACUAUAAAUAUUGUUGAAGUGUAAUGUAUUAGACAGUUAAAUAUUUUUAAAAUAAAAUGUUUUCUUUGUUCUAAA